GAUGUUUGAGUUGAACGAAGAAAAAAUUAUUUAUAUUAAUUUAUCUUCAUUUUACUGGCUCCAUGUAAGAAUCGUAGUUGAAAACGGGAAAAAAUGCGUACGGCCAAACCUGCAGACGAAUUUUCCCACACAGAACAGUGAGAAGACUGAGAACACGAAGCGUGCUUGCUAGCUCGAAAUCUGCUCCCCGAGUUUUUACAAAUCUUGACACGGUUUUAAUUUGAAAAAUGGAAUCUCAACUGAUGCAACUUUCCAUAUUCCUAGAGGAAUUGAAGAUGAAAAGGAACCAAGUGAAGCAAUUAGAUUCAGAACUGAGCCGUCUUAGUCUACGUCUUAUUGAAAAAGAAUCUGAGUUGCACGCCAAAACGUCUUACUGUCAUCAGCUUGAGUUAAAAUUAGCAAAAAGCCACCAAGACGUUAAGAAAAUUGGCGAAGAUUAUGGCGCUCGAUUGAAAGCCCAUCAGUUAGAAAGUAGUCGCCAGGAAGCGGCCAUCUUGGAUUACGCUGAAAAACUCCGUAAAGUUCAAAUGGAAAAGCAAUGCUUGGCCUUGAAAAUUGCUCACUUCGAGAAGGAAAUUAAAGAAGUUUACGGCCACGUUCGAACCGUUUUGGACAGCUUACCAAAACUCAACAACGAACAGGAAAAUCUCUCCGAAUCCCUUCGAGCCUUGGAGAACAAGCAAUUCAAAGUAAUCGAGACAUGCGAAAUGAUUCAAAUCUUUGCCGGUCGCGUUCAGAAGGAAGCCGAAGGAAAGUGGAAAAUGGCCCAAGAGACGCGUUGCAAUCGUGCCGAAUUGGAGAAGAAACUUUGCGCUGCUGAAGCUCAACUCCGUGUGGGUGAAGGAGAACGGGGGAAAGACGACACCGCCGUCUUGUUGCGCAAACAAAAGGAAUCGUUAAACCACCAACUGGAAAUGUCUAAGAAACGAGAGGACAAAUUACGUGCGGAUCUCGUCCGAGAGCGUGAAGAGAAACUCGUUCUACAGCGUAAGCACGAAGAGGUAUUAAAUGAGUUGGCUCACUACCUAUCCGAGCAGAAGGAGCAACCUAUCAGCCCAGCUUAACGGACGAUAUUUUCAGAGUGAUUGAUAUCGGGGUUUAUUUGUCUCUCUUAGAAACGCUGUGCUGUGUGCACUCACAAGUAAGAUCCCUUUCUUCUUAAAAAUAGACGAGAAACCAUGACAGCCAAAGGAAAGCAAUUCACUUCUUUAAGACAUCUGAUGAUGUUCCGUUGCCCCGGAUAUGGUACAACGGUUUACUGAUGGGCAUUCGAUCCUUUUCAUAACCCCGCUCCUGUGCGCAGUAUAUUUCUCGAAAGUAAAUCUAGUUGUGAAACGGAGCGAAUCUGAAUUCACUGUAAUGGCAUUUCGGCCACACCACACAAGUUUCAUUGAAACAGUCAACAGUUGGCAGUGAAAUCCUUGGCGUGUAUUCUUAUCCAGUGAACCAGUUCGGUAGAGCACUCACCAACAUGGAAUCCUUUUUCUUCUUUUCCUUUCUUCCCCACUUUUUUCUUUUUUUACAUGGGAAAAGCAUUACGCACAAGCUCGUACAUCUUUUAAGCUUGGCUUCUGCUGUCACUUGCCAGUGCUCACUGCUCUUGAUAUUUUGCGGUUAACAGAUGGGUGGGCAGAUUCACGAGAGUGUUUAGCAGCAGAUUUUUGGAAGGAAAUUCGCCCGUUAUAUUCCAGCUUGAAACCCUAGCACCGAAUAGCGUAGCCUAUAGUUCAUAUGUCUACUGUUUCAUUUCGCGUUCAAUUAGAUCCCUACAGGUGCAGAGGUCUAAUGAACUUGUUUGGGCUGUAUAGAAAGUGAAACCAGCAGCCAGGAUUUUUCAUUUCAUCCGCACAGCGGAAAAAGCUGCAGAGAAAAGUAAUCAUUGACUAUCCGCGCUUCGCAGUCAGUUAUUUUAUUGAUGAAAGCAUAAUGGAUCUUUUGCCUAGACGUGUUAUUUGUUGGAGCACCAGCACUGCAUUGCCCAGAUCGAUAACCCGUUCGCUAACAAGGUCCCAAUGGAAUAUAUAUAUAUGUAUUUAUAAAUAUAUAUAGGAGACUCACUGCUUUAUAGACGCAUCCAACAGCUCUCGAAAGAUUGUGAAAUAUUCAACAGCGCCCCACAGCGAAAUAUUUCAGGAGGGGCCAUGUCUCGACGUAUAGGUGUUUGUGUGUGUGUGUGUGUCAAUUUCCCUGUAAAAUGUUGGCGAAUUUUACAGGUCGAUAUCCAAGUUGGGAUCCUGAUUAGUGUUCCCAUUCUAUUCGCUUUGAUCCCUACAUCCCCAACACUUCGCUCACCCAACACAAUUGGAGUGUGUUAUUUGGAGGAUUGAGACCUAAUGGAUCGCAAUGAACCGGUGAGAGAGAGAGCUGAGAGGUUUAUUCAUUGUGCUCCCGUGUGUGUUUUAGUAACUACGGGCUCACGGUCACGCUUCUGAAACACCUUUAAGUGGCUUUGUACAUUUCUAUCCCGGGGAAUGACCGUAAUUCGUUCUAGCCUGAUUCAAUUCCAACUCAAGUGAUCAAACUGACAAACUUAUCGACUGACCUGUACACAAUAUCCCGAUUUGUUUACGCGUAAAGAAAAAAAAAAGUUUGAUCGUAAAGUAGGUCGUCGUCUUCGUCACCUGACGUGAAAAGAAUUAAAAAGAAAAUACCGAAACUCAAAAAGAAACGAAUUUCACUUUUGACUUCUUCUAUCUCGUUUCUUUUUCAAUUUACCCCAGUCGUCUGUAUGUUUUCCUUUUUUUAUUGAAAACGAGUUCUCUCUCUGGAGUGUUGUUAUUCAAAUCUGGUCAGAUCGAUGGCGACAGCUCCGUAUAUACACAGUCUAAGCCGGUCUAUGCCGAAAA